CUCGACGAUUGCUUUGAUCUCCCACUCAUUCCGCGUGAUGUUCACGUGAGAGUAGCUCGGGUUCUCCAGCAUGAGUGUCGAAGGAGAGCCGAAGCGUCCCCGCAAGGCGGCGACUCGGCCGCUGCAAAUGAGAACACACCGGUAAGCAUCAAUCGAGAAGCGAACUCAAGCAGGCCAGAGAGCAAACACAGCACGACAAGCGAACGCAUUCACUCGAAAGAGCGCACACACGUCCAUUCAUCGUGGUGAUUGUGUGUGUGUGUUGCAGCCCAUCAGCGAGGCUUUGGUUCGUCUGGAGGAGCGCAUCGCAUCGCUGCACACACACAUAGAUCAGGCACGUGGCGCAUGAGAGGCCAAAUGGCCUCACUGCUGCUGUGCUCUCAUCCACUGUGUGUGAUGCCUGCAGGUCACACGAGAGGCUGCCGGUGUGCAGCAGCUCUUCAGCACCACAGUCGCCGCACAGGUCAUCCACACACACACGAGAGUACUGCAGCCAUCACUCUCUCUCUGGUUGUCUGUGUGUUUGGUGCAGACGCCAUUUCUCGGCGAUAAGUGGCUCAGCGUCUUCGCCGCUCUCUCGUCGGCUAAAGAUGCGCUGCAUGACGUCGAGGAUGGCGUCAAGGGCACCAUUCGGCCCAUCGGCUGGGCCAAGCCGUCCCCGCCCGCCGACUCGGCCGACGGCCUGCCACCUGAUGUCUGCCGCGACGUCAUCUACCCGUGCCUGGCCAUCAAUGAGGCCGUCUGCUCGGCCCGCCCCAUCAGCAGGGCACACGGCAGCCAACUCGUCAAUGAGGCCUUCGUGCAGCGCCGCAUCGCCAAACACCUCAGCCGCCACUCGCUGACCGGCCUCAUCGACGUGCACCGGACGGCAGCAGACACAGCCAAUGCCGCGGCGCCCACCCCUGCCCCUCCGACCACCAGCAGCAGCAGCAGUGACGCACCGGCCCCUGCAGCUGCUGCUGGUGGCCCUCAUGUGUCGCACUUCGGUUAUCUGUCCCAGUGCUGCUAUGCACUGGAGCAUGGCGGGGCGGUGUGA